GUGUAUCGUGCUCGCAUCCCUUUUAUUUUACGUGGAAGAACACAGCGUCCCAAAUCAGAAAACCAAUGGGACAGUAAAUACUACAGCAAAACCAGUCCAUGGGGAGACCAAGUCGCACAUCGAAGACGAUAGUUACUAUCCACCGACUGAAGAAGUAGCUUUAGUAAUGACAGUCUCCGUCCUAACUUCGUUAGCCGUUGUGAAGUUUAAGUGUGUGCGAGUUAUAGCUCUUUUGGCCCUACCAGGGAUUUCCACCUCACGUGGAAGAGCCAUCAUGUUAACCAUUAUCAUUCGACUCCUACUCUCAGGUCCGAUCACCAAUUCUUUGGACAAUGCAAGGAAAAUCAAAGGAACGAUAUCUUGUCAAGUGAAUAUGUUCAGCGAAGAAUUGAAGAACAUGCAAUCGGCCCUAUUAUUGGACAUUCAGGAAUUUACUAA